ACCAUGAAGAACCACACUCCAUACCAGUCGGUGGCGGUAAUGCACAUCUUCAAGUUAUUUGCCAACUGCCAAAAAAUAACACAGAAGAAGAAGGAGGAGGACCAUCGAGCUGGAACUGGACCUUAAAAGGUGAUUUAUGAAUCCGAACCGCUGCAGCUGAGCUCGGCUGCUUCCUUCGCAUAAAGAGGCUCCUUGUUCCUCCCAGAAACGGAACCAGCAGCGUCCAGGAGCCGCUGAGGACACAGAGACAGAGGGACAGACAGGGAUCCAGCUCGUUCAGUCCUUGUUCUCCAUCCCAUGCCUGGGACCAACAAGCACUCGUUAAGCACAGGACCUGGUUUGGUGGGACAGGCCUCAAAGAUUUGCCACAACAUUAUGUCUAUUAUUAGACAAGAUGUUCCUGCUCAUCAUUUUAUCCUCAACCUAAAAGAGAUUUCUCUUCUGGACCAGAGGGAAACAGAAUCUCUAAAAACCAGAGGGACAGCAGAGGAACCAGAACUUACACAAGUAAAAGAAGAAGAAUAUGGAUCAGAACCUAUGGAGAUUAUGAAGAAAGAAGACCACAUGGUACUAAAGCAAGAAACGGUUACCUUAAUAGGAACAGUUUCUGGAUCUAUUGAUAUAAAAGAAGAACCAGAGGAACUUACACAAGUAAAAGAAGAAAAGUUUGGAUCAGAACAUCUUCAGAUUGUAAAGAAAGACCACAUAGUUUGGAAGCAAGAGACAGAUACCUUGAUGGGAACAGUUUCUGGAUCUCUUGAAAUAAAAAAAGAACUAGAGGAACCAAAACUGAAACAAAUGAUGGAGGAUGAUCUUAAAUCAGCAUCUCAGCAGAUGGUAAAAGUUAAGAUUGAAGGCAUUUCUCAGGAUGAAAACCAGGAUGCACUGAAGCAGGAGACUGAUACAUUAAUGGGAACAGAUUAUGGAUCACUUCAAAUUAAAGAGGAACCAGUAGAACUAGAACCUAAGCAGGUGAAGGAAGAUGAGCAUAGUUCAGGACCUCAGCAGAUGGCAGAGAUAGAGCCUAAAGUAAUCAGUCGGGAUGAAGAACAGGAUGCACUGAAAAAUCAGACCGAUACCUUAAUUUUAAUGUCUUCUAAUGAUAAAACAGACCACAAACAUCCUGAACUAAAUGGAAAACGACUCAUCUUUCAAAACUUCUGUAAAGCAGAGCAUCAUCAGGAUACAAAGACUUAUGAAGCCUCAGAAUCCAGCAGAAGUCAAAGUGACAAUGUAGAGAAAGGGAUGAAAGACCAGAAAAUUCACAAAGAUAAAAAAUGUAAACAGUGUGAAGUGUGUAGUAAACGUUUUAAAUGUGGUGGUGAUUUAGGAGCUUAUAUGAGAACUCACACAGGUGGGAAACGUUUCUCAUGUAUAACCUGUGGAAAAGGCUUCAGGCGCAAAAGUCAUUUGAAUAGGCACAUGAUAACUCACACAGGCGAGAAGCCUUUCUCAUGUAAAACAUGUGAAAAAGGUUUCAGUGAUAAAUGUAGUUUAAAUAGACACGUGCGAAUCCAUACAGGAGAGAAACCUUUCUCAUGUAUAACCUGUGGAAAAGGUUUCUGUCACAAAUUUAAUUUGAAUAUCCACAUGAGAGCUCAUGCAGUAGAGAAGACUUUUUCAUGUGUAGAAUGUGGAAAAGGUUUCAUUGAUAAAAAUAGUUUGAAUAGACACAUGAGAAUCCAUACAGGAGAGAAGCCUUUCCCAUGUGGAACAUGUGAAAAAGGUUUCAGUGAUAAAGGUAGUUUAAAUAGACAUAUGAGAACACAUACAGAAGAGAAGCCGUUCUCAUGUCUGUCCUGUGGCAAAGUAUUCAAUCAAAAAAGCAUUUUAAAUACCCACAUGAGAACUCAUACAGGAGAAAAGCCUUUCGAUUGUGUUACCUGUGGAAAAUCUUUUAGUCGAAGAAGUCAAUUGAAUUACCACAUAAGAAUUCACACGGGUGAGAAACCGUUUCCAUGUAUGACAUGUGGAAAAAGUUUUUCUGAACCAAAUCAUUUGAAAUCACAUAUAAGAUCUCAUACAGGAGAGAAGCCUUUCUCAUGUCUAACCUGUGGAAAAGAUUUCAGUCAAAGAACCAAUUUGAAAAGCCACAUGAGAACACACGCAGGAGAGCUGCUUUUCUCAUGAAUAAAAUGUGGAAAAGGUUUCAGUCAUAAAAUUUGUUAGAUCAGACAUAUGAGAACUCACACAAAAUAGAAGCCUUUCCCAUGUAGGGAGUUUUUCCUCUCCACUGUCGCUACAUGCAUGCUCAGUAUGAGGGAUUGCUGCAAAGUCAACGCCAGUGACUGUCCACUGUCUCUACAUGCUCAUCCAGGAGGAGUGAAUGCUGCAAGUCACUGACUGGAUGCAAUCUGCUGGGUUUCCUUAGAUAGAAAAACUGUUUAAGCAAUUUAAAUAAUAAAGUGAACUGUUUGAUGAUUAGGAAUAAUUAGGAA